CUUUUCUUCCCGUGGUGAAUUCUGAAAUAACUGAAUUAUUUCGUUGAGGAUUGUAGCAAAUCAAUCUGCAGUUGAUAGGCCAAGACACGCUCACUGUGAUAGGAUGGCUUCAGACACUGUAUCCCAGCCACCUUGGUCCAGGAUCAUGACCUUCCACCCCUCUAGGGAAGAGUUUAAAGAUUUCAGCCGUUAUAUUGCAUACAUGGAGUCACAGGGGGCCCAUAGAGCUGGCAUGGCCAAGGUUGUGCCUCCCAAGGACUGGAAGCCUAGGCGCACAUAUGAUGACAUCGAUGACCUGGUAAUUCCUGCCCCCAUACAGCAGGUAGUGACUGGCCAAUCAGGACUCUUUACCCAGUACAAUAUCCAGAAGAAACCAAUGACUGUCCGCGAAUUCCGCAAAACUGCCAACACUGACAGAUUCUGCAAUCCCAGAUAUGUCGAUUUUGAUGAGUUGGAGAGAAAGUACUGGAAGAAUCUUACUUUCAACCCUCCUCUGUACGGAGCAGAUGUUAAUGGAACUCUUUAUGAUCCAGAUGUGACUGAGUGGAAUAUAGGGCAUCUAAACACCAUUUUGGACACGGUGGAGAGAGACAGUGGCAUUAAGAUCAAAGGGGUGAACACACCUUACCUGUACUUUGGCAUGUGGAAGAGCACUUUUGCUUGGCACACAGAGGACAUGGAUCUCUACAGCAUUAACUACUUACACUUUGGGGAGCCCAAGUCCUGGUAUUGUGUUCCUCCAGAGCAUGGAAAAAGAUUAGAACGCCUUGCAAAAGGUUUCUUCCCAGGAAGUGCCCAAAGUUGCGAAGCCUUUCUACGACACAAAAUGACCUUAAUCUCACCCUCUAUCUUGAGGAAAUAUGGUAUCCCUUUUGAGAAGGUCACACAAGAGGCUGGCCAGUUCAUCGUGACUUUCCCAUAUGGCUAUCAUGCUGGCUUCAACCAUGGCUUUAACUGUGCCGAGUCCACCAACUUUGCCAUGCAGCGUUGGAUUGAUUAUGGCAAGCAGGCAACUUUAUGUUCCUGUCGAAAGGACAUGGUGAAGAUCUCCAUGGACGUGUUUGUGAGGAAGUUCCAGCCUGAUCGCUAUAAGCUAUGGAAGGCAGGGAAAGACACGACGCCGAUUGACCACUCGAAACCCACCCCUGAGGCCGCGGAGUACCUCCAGGAUGGUACACCACUUCCUGAGAGAGCAGAUCUGAGCGAGGCCAGUGCCACAGAAACUUCAAGCACCGCUGUGGAGGAGAAGAGCGGCAGCAGUGGGGGCAGCCCCGGUCAGAAAGUCGGGGAGAAGAGGGAGAGAGACUGCAUGGAGGGAGAAAAGAAGAAGAAUGAAGAGAAGGGUAGUGAUCCUGAAGAAGUGGAACAGAAGAAACCCAGGCUGUCCGAGCCGGGAUCUGAACUGUCAACGCACAAAUCUGGCCUAACUGAAGCAGAAAUAAAACAGCCUGAAGAGGAGCAUAUGGAGGAAGAGGCCCCUUUGUGCAAAGAGGCAAAGCAGCAAGUCUCUACAGAGUCAAAGCCUCCAUCUGCAGAGUCACAGCCUCCAUCUGCAGAGUCACAGCCUCCAUCUACAGAGUCAAAGCCUCCAUCUACAGAGUCACAGCCUCCAUCUACAGAGCAAAAGCCUCCAUCUACAGUGUCACAGCCUCCAUCUACAGAGCAAAAGCCUCCAUCUACAGAGUCACAGCCUCCAUCUACAGAGUCACAGCCUCCAUCUACAGAGUCACAGCCUCCAUCUACAGAGUCAAAGCCUCCAUCUACAGAGCAAAAGCCUCCAUCUACAGAGCAAAAGCCUCCAUCUACAGAGUCACAGCCUCCAUCUACAGAGUCACAGCCUCCAUCUACAGAGUCACAGCCUCCAUCUACAGAGCAAAAUCAGUCCCCUAGUGACACCACCUGUUCUCAGAAGCCUCAGGAUGUCGUGACUUCCACAGAGUUCAAUGCCAUCGUUUCUUCACCUCUGCCUAAUGCCGUCAGUUCUGCUAAAGCCAGUGGCAUUACUUCUCCACCUAAGCCCAUCACCUUGUCCUCUAAGGCCAACAACAUCAGUUCCCCAGCUAAGCCUAUUAUCACCACAGGUCCAACCAGCGACACCGUCUCUCCUCCUAAGGCCAGUCACACCACUUUGCAGGCCUGUAAUAUUAUACCUCUAUCACAGCCCAGUGACAUUGCUUCUUCUUCAAAGAACAGUGACAUUACUCUUGCCUCUAAGCCCAGUGACAUCACUCUUGCUUCUAAGCCCAAUGACAUCACUCCUGCUUCUACACAUAGUGAUGUCACCUCUGCUUCUAAACCCAGUGACAUCACUCCUGUCUCUAAACAUAAUGAUAUCACCUCUACUUCUAAACCCAGUGAAAUCAUUGUUUCUACGCCUAGUGACAUCACUCUUGCCUCAAAGUCUAGUGACUUCACUCCUGCUUUUAUGCACAGUGACAUCACUUUUGCUUCUAAACCCUAUGACAUUACUCCUCCCUCAAAGCACAGUAACAUCACCUCUGCUUUAAAGCAUAGUGACAUCACUCCUGCUUCAGAGCACGGUGAUAUCACCUCUAUCUCAGAGCAGAGUGACCUCACUCCCACUUUAAAGAACAGUGACAUCAGUCCUGCUUCAGAUCACACUGACAUAAUUCCUGCUUUAAAGUGCAGUGAUCUCACUCUUUCAUCUAAACCUCAUGACAUCACUCCUGCUUCUGAGCCUAAUGGCAUCACUUUUGCUUCUAAGCCCAGUGACAUCAAUUCUGUUUCAAAUCUCAGUGAUAUUACUCCUGCUUCUAAGCACAGUGACAUCACUCCUGCCUCUAAGCACAGUGACAUCACUUCUGCCACUAAGCACAGUGACAUCACUCCUGCCUCUAAGCACAGUGACAUCACUCCUGCCUCUAAGCACAGUGACAUCACUCCUGCCUCUAAGCACAGUGACAUCACUCCUGCCUCUAAGCACAGUGACAUCACUCCUGCCUCUAAGCACAGUGACAUCACUCCUGCCUCUAAGCACAGUGACAUCACUCCUGACUCUAAGCACAGUGACAUCACUCCUGCUUCUAAGCACAGUGACAUCACUCCUGCCUCUAACCACAGUGAUACUACUGCUCUUCUGAAGCCAAAUGACAUCAUUCCCCUACCUAUGGCCAUUGACAUCACUCCUCCACCUAUGGCUAGUGAUGUCACAUCUCCACUUACAGCCAGCAACAUCUCUCCUCCAUCUAUAGCCAGUGGCAUCCCUGUUCCACCUAAAGCUACUGACAUCACUGCUUCUUUAAAGCCAAGUGAGGUCACCUCUGCACCUAAACUCAUUGACGUCAUUUCUCCAGUGAAGUUCAGUGAUAGCACAGCUUCAUUGAAUUCCAGUUACAUCACUGCACCGUCUCCAGCCACCUCUCCAUCGAAUCUCAGUGUGGCAUCGUCUCCUCAUGCAAACAAUGUGAAAGCUUCACCUAAGUCCAGUUCUGUCAAAUCUCCACCCAAGCCAAGUGAUGUCAGAUGUCCACCCCAAACCACCUCUUUUCCCAAACCCACUCCUAUAACUCCACCUAAGAGCAGUGAGAUCACUUCUACACCCAAGCCCAAUAAUCUCAAGACUCUGUCUAAGACAAAUAACAGCACCUCUCCACCCAAACUGAAUGACAUCAUGUCCACACCUAAGCCAUGUAAGCCACAGCCAAGCCCAGUCAAUGCAGGACCCAGUGAAAAUAGCAAACAGCCUGCAAGCUCCAGUCCCGUCCAUCGGAUCUUCCAGAGAACCUUAAGCCCGGCAGAGGUGCUCCAUGUCCACAGCUAUGCCAAGGGGGACUACAGUGAGGUCGAACCCCCCAGCAAGGAGGAGAGCAAUAGUGACUCAGACUCUGAGAGCCAACCACAGAGAAAGCAGGGGGCAGAAGAGAGCAGAGAGGAGCCUCAUCAGAACAAACUCACCAAGCUCCCUAGACACCAUCCUCUGAUGAAAGACAGCAUGAGUGACGAGGAGCUCCAUGAGCAGGCAGCCGUAGAAGAAGAUGGUCUAGAAGCAGAGCCCUGGGCAAAACCUCUGUCUCAGCUGUGGCAGAACAGGCCUUACAACCCUGAGCGGGAGAAGGAAUACAACAGAGAGAUGGGUUUACAGCCGCCCUACUGUGCCGUCUGCAUGCUCUUCCAGACACAUCAGCGAUCUGAGUGUUCCGAACCCGGUCCUCCGGUGCGGUCGGGUUGGCAGAUGCGGUCCAAGCCGCUGAUUCCGGAGAUGUGUUUCAGCACCACCACAGAGGAGACCGCGGAGGUCCAGCCGAACACGCCGUACCUUGAGGAGGACGGCACCAGCCUCCUCCUCAGUUGCACCCAGUGCUGCGUCCGUGUGCAUGCGAGCUGUUACGGUGUGGACCCAAAGAAGGUGACCAAGGACUGGAAAUGUGCGCGCUGCAAAGCGAACGCUAUGACGGAGAGUUGCUGCUUGUGUUUGCUUCGAGGAGGGGCGUUGCACAGAGCCAAUAACGACAAGUGGGUACACGUCCUGUGUGCAAUAGCAAUAUUAGAGGCACGAUUUGUGAACAUCAGAGAUCGUUGUCCUGUGGAUCUCAGUGGCAUACCUUUACAGAGAUUCAAGUUGAAAUGUUACUACUGUAAAAAACGGAUGAAGAAGACCUCGGGGUGCUGUGUGCAGUGUUCCCACGGGCGUUGUCCCACUUCCUAUCACCCCACUUGUGCUCAGGCCGCUGGAGUGCUCAUGCACCCAGAUGAUUGGCCGUUUGUUGUGUAUGUCACCUGCUGCAGACACAAAGGCCCCAUCCAGUCCGAGCGUAAUAAAUCAGCCAUGAGAGAGCUGACGGUUGGACAGAAAGUCAUCUGCAAACACAAAAACGGCCGUUACUACCAGUGCGACAUAGUGCAGCUUUCGAAGGAGACGUUUUACGAGGUCAACUUUGAUGACGGCUCCUUCAGUGACAACCUCUUCCCCGAGGACAUCGUGAGUCGGGACUGCGCCCAGCUUGGCCCUCCUUCACAGGGUGAGGUUGUUCAGGUACGAUGGACAGAUGGUCUGGUCUACGGGGCCACGUUUGUGGCUGCUCACGUCAUCCAGAUGUAUCAGGUGGAGUUUGAAGACGGAUCCCAGCUCACAGCGAAGAGAGACGAUGUCUACACUCUGGACGAGGACCUGCCAAAGAGAGUAAAGUCCAGAUUGUCCAAAGCGUCGGACAUGCGUUUUGACGGGAUUUUUGCAGACAAGAAGGUCAUCCAGGACACCAAGAGGCAGCGAGUGAUCAAUUCUCGGUACAGAGGAGACUAUAUUGAACCAGUCAUCUACAGAGCCAUCAUGGAGUAGGCAGCCAAAAACAAGCGGCUGUUUCUUCUCAAAACACCAGCACUGAUCCGACGGACUCUCACCCACACACGUACACCAAUCUAAUCUCAUCAAAAGAGAGCGAGAUGCUUGGAUGAACUUAAUCUCUCUGAACUUAAUGUCUCUCUCUCUCUCAUUCUUUCUAUCUCUUUCUGUUUUCUGAAAGAAGCAUUCAUUUGGUGCUCCAUUUCCUUAUCUGAUUUCAUUCACCCGUGCAAUUUAUUGCCAUACUGUCUACUGUCCCUGCGAUCUGUUCAGCAGUAUGCAGGAAAUGUGACAUGAUCUAAUUUUAUCCCUAAAAGUAAACAGGCCCCAAAAAAUUAUGCCACUGGCAGAUAGCCCGUAGCCUCGGAGGAUAUAAACUAUUUUAAACCCGCAAAAGGAAACUUUAAAGAAAACUUGUCCUAUAUAGAAAAAGCCUGUAUAGAACUAGGCCACUGAGGCCUUUUAUAACAGUGCCCCUUCAUUUAUUGAACAUGUAAACCUGUUUUGUUUUUUUUUUCCAAUAGGCCUUUUACAGUUUUCAGUCAGUUUUGAAUUAAUUUAUAUUCCAUAUAUUCAGGGUGCUAUUUCUGCCCAGACAUUCUCUUCAAAGAGGAGGUGUUUUUGUCACUCUGAGCUUCCUCUGUAUAGUUCAGAAAAACAUUGCACAAUUGCAUUCCUGAAUAUUGUACAUUUGUAGGAACAUAAUGAAUUUAUCUUUAAAUUUUUAGAUUUUUGUUUGUUUGUUUUGUUGUUGUUUUUUUUUUUUUUUUUACCAGCCUAUUUAUUCUGUGGUGCUUUCUAAAAGUAACCCUCGCAAUAUAAUUGUUGAGUUACAGUGCUUUGAAAGUUUCGGACUGACGUCUGUUCUGGGAAGAUCAUAAAAACAGAGCCCAUACUGAAAUGCCACGGAUCUCCCCCUAUUCACUCCACCGAGUUUCACGUUUUUGUUCAUCAAAUCUGUGCUUUAUAACUUCUAUUCAAGUCCUUUUUUCCUUUUUUUUUUUUUAACAACAGCUCACCAGCUGCUGUAGCAACGUCACUAGAGCCCAGUGUUUUCAGUAUGCUAUUUUUGCACUUCUGAGCUGUACUUUCUAAUUGAUUUUCACUUCAAAAAAACUUACAGUCAGCCAAGUAUAAAAAAAGAAAAAGAAAGAAAAAAAAAAUCUAAAAAGGUGCACUUAUGGAAGGUAAGGGCGCCUUAUAUCAGCCCAUCAUUUGCCUAUUAAGUAAUGUUUAGCCUGUGUUCAGUAGGUCCAUAGAACAUGUGACAGCCUUAGGAGUUGCUAUGAAUUUCAAACCCAUGCUUGUUGUCAUUCGCAAGAAGGGGACUAUAUCACCACUCAGAAAGACAAUUACUUAUAAAUAGAAAUGUUUUCUAUUAUUAAAAAAAGCCUAUUUUAUUGCUUUGUUUUAUAAUACAUGUUUAAUGUUCAUAUACUGUGAGAUAGAAUUGUAUGUAGUUAAUUUAAAGAUGUUAAGCUGUCGACUUGUUUUUUGGGUUUUUUUUUUUUCGCUGG